GAACAUUUUAAGGAAGUAACGUUUACAGAAACAAAGGCAAGGCAAGGGAACAGUUCUGAUAAUAUUGUGUUCUACAUUUCAUGGACGUUUUAACAUAAUGGAUUUUGAGUACGAACCUUAUGGGGAUUAUACUGCAUACAAUGGGACUAAUGAUACAUUGACUGCUGCUCCAGUGACAUUUAGUCACCCCAAGUCUUUUCUAAUGGAAACUCUAGUGACAAUAGACAGCAUUAUAUGCCUGGUGGGACUAAUCGGAAAUGGUAUUGUCAUCUGGAUCUCUGGUUGCAAGAUGAAAAAAACUGUCAACACCACCUGGUACCUCAGCCUUGCCAUCUCUGACUUCCUGUUCUGUGCUUGUCUGCCCUUCAACAUAUUUUACACAGCCACCUUGCACUGGCCCUUUGGACUGGCCAUGUGCAAACUAGCCUCCUCUGCCCUGUUCCUUAACAUGUUCAGUAGUGUCUUCCUUCUGGUUCUGAUAAGCGUCGAUCGCUGUGUGAUCAUCGUAUUCCCAGUCUGGUCACAGAACCACCGGACUGUUGGGAAGGCCGUGGUGGCGGUGGUCCUGAUGUGGGUCCUCUCAGCUGCCCUGACCGCCCCCUCGCUGGUCCACCGACAAAUCAAGGCUGUCGGCACGGCCACAGAGUGCCACACAGACUACGGGUUGAGUCACAGCACGGUGGCUGUGACACGAUUUGUGUGUGGUUUCUUGAUUCCUUUUCUGGUCAUUUUCUGCUGCUGCGCCAUUCUCUUUGUGAAGCUGAGAAGUCUGACUCUGAAAUCGAAGAAACCUUUCAAGGUCAUCGCGGGCCUGGUCUUGGCCUUCUUUGUGUGUUGGGUGCCCUUUCACACCUUUGUCCUGCUGGAGUUACACCUGGAGAUGUUAACUGUGGAGGCCAUCCAGACUGGGCUGAAAUUGGGGGGCACUUUAGCCUCAGCAAACAGCUUUCUGAACCCCAUGCUGUACGUGUUCAUAGGCAAUGACUUUAGGCGCACCCUCAAGAGGUCUGUUUUGUGGAGGAUAGAAAAUGCAAUCGCAGAAGAUGCUCGCACAGAUGCUCGUAACCCUUCAAAAUCUAUGGAAAAUCUAGGCACAUUCAUCUGAGAAUCACACAUAUGUCAUCCUAAACCUGUUGUUACUAGGAACACAAACAGCUCAGUGCCAGUGGAAUGUAAAUUCCUCAUUUUUGGAUUAUCCGCAACUUUCCAAACACUUAUUUUCCAUAUUUGAAUGAAUUUGAUCAUUUUACUUAUUGCAGAUCUAAGGAAGAGGUAUGAUACUAUCUAAGCCUGUGAAUUAUUUCAUACAAUAAAAAAUGCUGGUA